CUCUCUCCUCGUCCUGCAGGAAUAGACUCUCCACCUCCUUCUCUUCCUCCUCCCUCCCUCUUCGCUGCAGCCUGACUCUGACACAAGCGGCAUGCCUGCAAACUGAGAUCUGUGCAGUGACACACAAAGAGAAACAGCUUCCUUUCUUUCAAAUUCAUUCAUUCCUGUUUCGUUUCUUCUCUCUGAAGGAGAAGGAGCGGGCUGAUUAAAACACAGGCACAGGUUUCCUGGAAAGACUCGGACGAGGAUCAGAACCAGGUCCAUCUCUGAUAACGUGGCCGCUGAAGGAGGAGGACACAGAACUGCUUCAUCAUGAAUUUUGUAAUGAAAGCUGCGCUGGGAGGAGGCCCCCCUGAUGUUGGCAAGAUGCUGGGUGGGGAGGAGAAGGAGGAAGACCCUGACGCAGCCAAGAAGGAGGAGGAGCGACAGGAGGCGCUGAGGCAGCAGGAAGAGGAGAGGAAGGCCAAAUAUGCCAAGAUGGAGGCUGAGAGAGAAAGUAUGAGACAAGGCAUCAGGGACAAGUAUGGGUUGAAAAAGCGCGAAGAGGCUGAAGCCGAGGCAGCAGCUGCUGCAGAGCAGCCUGCGGAGGGCAGCUUGACCCGACCCAAGAAGGCCGUGCCGGCCGGAUGUGGCGAUGAGGAAGAGGAGGAAAGCAUCAUGGACACAGUGAUGAAAUACCUGCCAGGCCCACUGCAAGACAUGCUGAAGAAGUAGCUGAAGCUAACAUUAUGUAGCGGAGUUUAUGGGCUGCAUUCACUAGGCUGGCUCGAAUCAGGCUUUUGUUGUUUUUUAAAUAAAGUGUAACCUUAGUACAUGGGGGGGGGGGGGGGGGGG